GCCUCUGGCUUUUCAUUGGCUGAGCUAGACAUGUCUGGCCAGUCUAUGGGCCAAUCAGGCACAACUCUCGUUUGUGCAAUCUCGUGUCGCGAGAGUUUGGUGGAACUGAAUUCAAACUCUGGCGGUACGUGGUGUUGAUAGAGGAUUGUUGCUAAAAAGAUGGCAGCAGCAGAGGAAAUCGAGUUGCUCAAGAACCAGCUGAAGGCGAGGGAGGAGCAAGUCCACCAGGCUGCUCAGGCUGGAUUAGAUCUCCUCAAGCAGCAGAUGGAACUACAAAACACACUGGAUGAACAGAGAGUAGAGAUGACCAACGCAAUUGAGGCCCUUGAGCAGGACAAGUACUCCUUGCAGAAGGAAGUGGAGUUGAAGACUCGGAUACUGGAGUCACUGAAGUCAGACUAUGAUUGUGUAAAGAAGCAGCAGAGACAGCAGCUUCAGGAACAACAGCAGCAUCUGGAGAGGAGCCACAGCAUGGCACUCAGUGAGCUCACCAACAAGAUACUGAGGUUGGAGUCUGCUCUUGAGGAAUCCCAGCUAAAUGAGAGACAACUCAAGCACAAAUUUGAAGUGCAGACUGAGACUCUCAAUAACAAAAUGGAAGAGUUGCAAGCUCUUAAUGAACACACCCAGAGCUCCAUGACAUCUGAGAUGAUGGAGGUGCAGAUGAACAUCAUGGAGCUGGAGACAAUUAAGGUGGAGUUGGAGCAGACUCUGCAGGAAUGUCAGUACAGAGAGCAGCAGCUGGAGCUGGCCAAUAGCAGCCUGCAGCGUCACCUAGAGCGAAUCACAGAGGAGAAAGAGGAGCGAGAGAAAGAGGCUGUCUCCUGGUUUAAUGCCUUACAGAAAUCUCGUGAGGGGAACCGGGACCUCCAGAUUCAGUUGGACCAAGCUCUACAGCAAGCGCAGGAUCCAAACAGCAAAGGGAACUCUCUGUUUGCUGAGCUUGAGGAUAAGCGGGCUGAGAUGGAGAGACAGCUGAUCAGUAUGAAGGUCCAGUAUCAGUCCCUGCAGAAACAACAUGGCUUCAGCAGACAGCAGCUGCAGCGCAUGAAGGUUCAAGUAGCCACUCUGAUGCAGCUUCAAGGUUCCAGGGCUGACCCUGCUCAGCUGGAGAGACUCCAGUGCAUGCUGUCAGAGAAGAAUGGAGAAAUCCAAAAUCUCUUGACUAAACUACAGAGACUGGAGAAGGUUGAGAUGAUACUGAAGUCUCAGCCAGCUAAUUUAGCUCGAGCUGAGAGCGCUGAAUGCCAAGAUGAAACCUACUAUACCGACCUGCUCAAAAUGAAGCUCAACAACACUGUUAAAGAUGCAGAACGUCUAGGGGACGAGCUUUCCCUGCAGAGGAUGAAGUCUUUGUCAGAGAGCCAGAGAGCUCUUGAGCUGGAGAGGAAACUCUUCACGUCUGAGCGGCUGCUCAAACAGUCUCAGAGUGACAAGAUCCACCUACAGCUGCGAGUAGAAGAGCUACAACACAAAUAUGAACCCAAAGAGGCAAAAAUGUAUCUGAUCCAGAAAAGGAAGAAAGAGAAACUUCCUGUGGAUAUUUUACCCUCCUCUCAGGAAAGCCCACUUGACAAGGGUGGGCAGAUAGUUACUGUGGAGACCGAUGUAAUGCAUGAUAUGACUACAGACCCCAAGGCUGACAUCAGUCCUAAAACAGAGGCACAAAGCUCCACAAAAGGUUUAGAGCUGACUGUGCCACGUGCUGCAAAAUGUGUGAAGAUCAGUGGAGAGGAGCCUGUUGUGAUUCCCAACGUUAGUUAUCCUGUGACUGACAGGACAGAGACUGAGAUGGAGGGGAACCAGCAGCAGAACAAGAGAGAGGAGAGGAUAAAGAAACAGAGAACAGUGGAGAUGAUCCAUGUGAGCUCUAUGAGCACUAUGGAGAAUGAGUGUGCCCAGCAGUAGGCCUCGUCUGGAACACACUAUGUGCCACCACAUUCAGAUCACUCUCUCUCUCUCUCUCUCUCUCUCUCUCUUGCCUGAUGCUAAAACAAUAAAGAUUAUUACCAGAUAAUGCUUAUUUUUUUUAAUGUUUGGAAAUGUGUCAAAAAUGUAAAACUGAAAUAUCACAUUGACAAAAGUAUUCAGACAAUUUGCUACGAUACUUGAAAUUGACUUUGGUCGGAGUUCACCCCGAGUUAAUUCAGCUAUUAAAAUAAUUUGAAUUAAUAUUAUAUUAAUUAAUAUUAAUAGCCUUUCAAGGUACCAUGACACAAUUAAACAUGAUUUUUACACAUCACAUGUUUGUAUAAUCUCUCACAGAUGAAAUGGCACAUCAGAGCAAAAGCUAAACCAUGGAGUUUAAUGAACUACUGCACUGUACCUGCAGAGCUCAAGACAGCAGUGUUUUUGAAUACUUCUGCCUGUUUGAUGUUUCAAUAAUUCCUUUUUAAUAAAAUUCCAAAUUUUAUCUGACUUGGGUUGUGGGUUGUAGAUUAAUGAAGGGAGUGAUUUUCCUUUUAUUUUAUCAUAUUGCUGGUGAAGGUAAAGAGAUCUGAAAGUUUUCUGUCGUGCAGUGUUUUCCACCAAGUUCCAAUUGUCUGUGUGAUUUGUGUCUCUGUGAACCUCAGUUAAAUAUUUUUUAUACAAUAUAAACAUUUAUGAAUGUAUGAACUUGA